GCUUACUGCUGUGUGUUGCGCUUAGUCCCGCAUAGAACUGUUUUCAUCUCAACGACAUAAAUUAGAAUGCAGUGGCUAAACUCUUUAGUUUCGGAGUAUGAAGGGCGUCCGCUGCAGAAGACGGGGAUGCUGACGAAGGAACAAUUACAGUCAUUUUUUCAGGAAUCUGCAAAGCAGUUCAAUAAUGCAGAAUUCAAGCAGCUUCUGAGCGUGGCUCACAGGACACGGGGUCCAGGGUCCUCAGAAGACAUGGUCAAUGGCAUGCAGAAAGAGAUCUUCCAAAGCAUGGGGAUUCAGGGAGACUUUGGCAUCAACUGCCUCUCCAAGGUCAACCAAGUCUACGCAACUGACGCCUUUUUCAUGCGCCAUUUCUACGAACACGUCCAAAAGGAGGAGAUGGUGUUGGACGAGGCGGAGAUGCCUGAGGCAGCGUUUAAAUCCAAGUACGAUCAACUGAACCGGUUCCGUACAGAGAUGGAGGCUCGCAUGGCCAAACUGAAAGACAUGACGCCCGAAGAACAAAACGCGUACAUGAGCCAGGUGUACCGGGAGAUGAUCGCCGCCAGCUCCGGACCUGGCGAGGAGUGCUGUUCCCAUCCCCAGGGCUGCAGCCACCGUCCCCCAGGAGGCGGCGGCGGCCCCUCAGCCGCUGCUGUUGCUGCAGCUCCGCUGCCGCCUGGAGCGCAGAGCGCCCCCUCGUUGGCGCUGACGGCGCCCGUGGCGGGUCCGGCGGCGGCACCACCAGCAUUAAGUGAGGACGAGCAGUUGGCGUUCUUCUCCAGCUUGCAGGGCGCUGGGGCUGGUGGGAGCAGGUAGUUUGGAUGGUAAAUGGCAUGUGGAACGAGCGCAGUGGUCGAUGUAAAGAAGAGGGAAUGUGUGGUGGUUGCAACAUGUGGGUUGCAGGGGGCCGUCACACGCUCUCGCGUGAGCUCUGUGUGUGUGUAGGUAUGAAUGUAUAGGUGUAUGAAUGUGUAUGUAUGUAUGAAUGUAUGUAUGUAUUCGUUAAAUAUCAAUGGGGCCCUGCCUACGGGUUUCGUGACACCUACUGCCCGAUGGUGUUGUGCGCCCGUUGUGUGUGUGUUUUACGUUGCCUUGUUUUGCGGGACGUUGGGACUUCCAUCCUUUGCUUCAGCUUCAUGAUCGUCACCCAUCAGGACGAGAGACAUCAUUUGCUCGCUGCACGUCGUGCGACCGGUUGGGUUAUAGCUAACCGGUGACAAGCACCGGUCACACCGGUGACCUUGUCGGUUACCGACCCUUUUAUGCCAUAGGGGGUGCGGUGCGUGCGCACGCUGGUUCUGAUGCUUGUGCUGCUUUGAUUGCUGUGCAGCUUUCUCGAUCUUUCCUUGGGCUUCCUUGGGAUAGCUGUUUAUGGCUCAGCUCCGCCACACUCCGCAACUACAUGCC